AUCUCUUGCGUUCUGGACUCCUUAUCCUCAUCCAUGUUUCCUUCUCUCUCGCUCAUCCUCUCUCAUCGCAACGACAGCGAGCGCGCGCUGGCCCUCCUUCCCGUACCCGCACGCUCACCAGGAGGACCCCCUUGAGGACCGCGAGGGGGAGCGCCUCGCUGCUGCGGGCUGCCCGUCGUAGUAGGGGACCUCACCGACGGCGAGACGCCAACAAGGACAACGCGCGCUUCAACGGCACAGGCUUCUUUCCUCUGAGAUUAAUAAAGGAUAAGGAGGCCCACCCGUCAGCGACUGCUCUCCGCAGCCGCAGCCGCACCCGCUCCCGCACCCGCAACGGCCAUGGCCUUCGCCGCCGUCCUCGGCGCCCGCCCCCUCGCGGUGCCCGCCCCGCUAUCCACCUCCACGCCGCCGCCAUUCUUCGCCACUUCGGCCUACGCCUGUGUCCCGCGCCUCACAGCAGCAGCAGCAGCAGCACGCGCCGUACGGUACCGACGACGGGGCAGGCGGAGCCGCGCGGCCGCGGCGAUUACCGCGUCGCUCGACCUCACCGAGGACAACGUCCGGCUGGCCCUAGACGAAGCCAAAUCCGAGCUGGGGCAGCUGUUCGACACGUCGGUGGGCAUCACAGGGCAAGUUGAUCUCGCGGAGUUGGACGGGCCGUUCGUGAAGCUCCGGCUCAAGGGCAAGUUCUGGCACACCCGCGCCACCGUGGUCGCGCGGAUCGGCAACUACCUCAAGAACCGCAUUCCGGAAAUCUUGGAGGUGGAGAUAGAAGAUGAGAAACAAUUGGAUGAUAGCCCCGCUGCUUUCUGAGGUAUCGAAUGAUCAGAAUUUAGAUCAACCUUGUGAUUCAACAGUAUGUGCCUAUUGAGGUUCAGGGAAAGGGAUCGACACGCUUUCAGUCUUCAGAAUUAGUCCUGGACUAGAAGUAUGAGUGCUACUUAGUGCACCACCUACACUGUUCAGGCAAAAUUCUUCUUGGAGGCUACAUUUCCUACACAACUAGUCUUGUACUACGUUACUCUGUUAAUGUCAAAACUAUGAAUCAUGAGCGCAUGAACUCUGCUUUCAAUCAUCACUGUGGCUCACAUGACAAGAACAUUCACCAUUCCUCAAAUCUGAAAACCUGAAUUUACUGAA